GUCUCAGCCCGGCGCGCCCCGCCCCGCCCGCUCACUCCGCGGAGUCGCAGCCCGGCUGGGGGACGAGCUGCCUGCCCCGGGCUCGCCCCAGCGGAGGCUCCCCGCGCUCUCCCGCUAGCGGCCGCUGAAGUUCAGGCCAACUCUGCCGCGGAGCCCGGCGGGCUCGCUCUGCAGCCCCCUGCGGGGGAGCGGCCGCGGCCGCGGUCCCCCCCCCUCCCUCGCCCCGCGCCUCUCCUCAGCCCUCACCCCGGCCCGGGACAUGAGCCUCUCCUCGGCGCCGGCUCCUCUCGCCUUCGCUUUCGCGCUGUUCUCGGCCGCGGGGCAGUCGGUCCCCAUGAGACAGAGUGCAUAUGGGUCCCUCUCUGAAGUGAUGCAGAAGUGGAAAGAAUAUCAGCUCCAGUGCCUGAAGUAUCUCUAUGAGACGCCCCCUCUUGCAGCAGAAGGCAAGUUCUGCAGCAGGACAUUGGAUGACUAUGCCUGCUGGCCUGAUGGGCUACCUGGGACCUAUGUGAAUGUAAGCUGCCCUUGGUAUCUUCCUUGGGCCAGCACAGUGCUCCAUGGACAAGUUUACCGCUUCUGCACUCCUGAGGGCACUUGGCUGCUGAAGGAGAAUUCCACCCUGCCAUGGAAGAACAUUUCUGAAUGUGAGGCAUCAGAUGGGGACGCACCAGAGGAACAACUCCUCUACGUGUCAGUCAUCUACACCAUUGGAUAUGCUCUUUCAUUCUCUGCCCUGGUAAUAGCGACUGCCAUCCUUCUUGGAUUCAGGCAUCUGCACUGCACUAGGAAUUACAUUCACCUGAAUCUCUUCACUUCUUUUAUCCUACGUGCUGUAUCUGUCUUCAUUAAGGACUCUGUGGUGAAGUGGAUGUACAAAACAGCUACGCCUGAGCACCAGUGGGAAGGACUUAUCUCCUACCAGGAGUCACUCAGCUGCCGCCUGGUUUUUGUAAUGAUGCAGUAUUGUGUGGCUGCAAACUACUACUGGCUGUUGGUGGAAGGCAUGUACCUGUACACACUGCUGGUCCUGUCGGUCUUUUCCGAACAGAGAAUUUUUCGGCUUUAUCUCUGCAUUGGCUGGGGUGUACCAAUGCUGUUUGUUAUCCCCUGGGGAAUUGUCAAGUACCUUUAUGAAGAUGAGGGUUGCUGGACCAGAAACCAAAACAUGAAUUACUGGCUGAUCAUCAGACUGCCCAUUCUAAUCGCCAUUGGGGUGAAUUUCCUGAUCUUCAUCAGAGUUAUAUGCAUCAUCAUUUCCAAGCUGCAAGCAAAUCUGAUGUGCAAAACUGACACAAAAUGCAGAUUGGCCAAGUCUACAUUGACUCUGAUCCCGCUGCUGGGGACCCAUGAGGUCAUCUUUGCCUUUGUUACUGAUGAGCAUGCCAGAGGAAUGCUACGCUUUGUGAAGCUCUUUUGUGAACUCUCCUUCAACUCCUUCCAGGGACUCAUGGUGGCGAUUCUCUACUGCUUCAUCAACAAUGAGGUUCAGACAGAGUUUCGGAAAAGCUGGGAACGCUGGAGACUGGAACACUUUUAUGUCCAGAGAGACAGCAGUAUGAAACCACUGAAAUGUCCAGCCAACAGCCUAAGCAGUGGAGGCACAGUGGGCAGCAGUGUCUAUGCUGCCACUUGCCAAGCCACAUUCAGCUAGGAUUUCUACAGAUGAAAAUAGAGAUGAGCCAGAUUGCCCAAAUUGAACUGUAGGAGGCACCUGAAGACCCUCAAAUACCCAGGCACGCAGCUUAAAAAUGUUUGCUGGACCCAGAGACUUAACCUUCUAUUGCUUGUUGCUGGAGGCAGCUGGACAAGGCUUUCUAAGGAAAGCAGUCUGCUAAUGUAAUCAACACAUCAGAAGAUAAAUUGAGCAUGUCUAAAGUAAGUUUAAAGAGUUUGUUCCUGUUAAUACACCAGGCCUCCAGGUGUCCAAAAUUUAAGCAGUGCAUUGAUCCAGUCACAAACCACAGGGUCAAUGGCUUAUUAUUGUAGGUGGGCGAGCUGAGAUCCACUGAUUAAAUUACAAGAAUACAGAACAUGACUAUUGACAAUAAACCAUGUUUGUACUUUUACUGGGAAAGGUGAGGCUGAUAUUCACUAUUUUUAGAAAGAGACAUUAGUGGAUUUGAACAUAUUUCUUUGUGGCACAGUCACUGGGCCACAACAGUUAAAUGGAAAGAGCAUCCCAAAAUCAAGGUUGGAGGUGUGUUUAACUGCUUGAUACGAAGGGGCAAAUAUGGGACAUCCAUAAAGCCUAUAACUGGAAACAGUAAUGUGCACACUCCUGAUUUUUUUUUUAAAGCUUCUUUUGGAGAAGUAUGUUCUGUAUAUAUUAGGGGCCUAUCCUCCUGUUAAUGAGUAUGGGUUCUUUAGGUUAACGUUGAUAGUGUAAUACCUGAACUUUAAUCUUUCACACAGCACUCCGCACUGUCAGUUGGCUACACAAAUAUUAAUAUGGAUGGGAGUAAUGAGUUGCACCUCAGAGUAAGUGGCUGACCAUGGAUAAUGUUUUCUGUGGAUGGUAUGCUCCGUUUCUUGGGUGUACAAACAUGCAAAGGUUAUACUGUGGCCAUUACACAUCUUGCAACAUUUUCUUCACUUUGAAAUAAUAGAAUUCUUGGAGUUCGCUAGUGUACUCUCUCAAUUUCCUUGUCUCUUGCCUUGUUUGUUUUCUUUUGGCAUGAUGCAUCUUCAAGGCUCUUUUCUCAUGAUGCCAGGAACUAAAAUAUUGUUAAUUGAGUUUAUUUAGUAACUACACUUUUAGCACUGAGGACAGCUCCCUGCUAUACUUUCUCUUCUGUGCUGGAGCUAUUUAAACGUAUACUCUUAAUGAGCCUUUAGAAUGUCACCACUUACAAUGUUGCAAGACAAAAGGAAAUAUUUAUGUAAACUCAAAGCUUUUUCUAAAAAUGAGUGAAUCCAGUCCAGAGGACCACUCAAGGUACUAAUUGCCCUCAACUCCUGCUGAAAUCUACAGGAGCUGAGUGCGCUCAGCGUUGUGAAGGGCAGAGCCUACAUAAGAAGAGUAAGAGAAGCUAUAUACCCCUUGCUCCAGUUGCUUGGGCCAGAGCUACACUACACACUUCAGUAUAACUACCUUGCUCAGGUGUAUCAAACCUCUGAACAACGUAAUGAUAGCAACCUUAACCUCCCACGUAGACAGCAUUAUGUCAGCAGCAGAUCUUCUCCUACUGACGUAGCUACUGCCUCUCACAGAGAUGGAGUAAUUUAAGCUAACAGGAGAGCUCUCUCCCAUUGGCUUAGAGCAUCUUCACCAGAAGUGCUACAGCACUGAUGCAAGUUUGUAGUGUAGACCUGCCCUUAAUGUGAAAGGACUUACUCCCAUGGUCCUUAUUCAGGCAAACUGCCCAGUGAAGUCUGAGAACUUUGUGUAAGGACCAAAGUAUCAGGCCCACUGUUUAUAGGCUUCAAAUAGUCUAAUGACUUAUUUCACACUGUAUUGCUGGCAAAAUACUCCUCCUCUCCCUACAUACCACUCUGAUUGGUAUUCCUCUGUCUCUUUGGGUGUAAAUAAGCUUUGGUUGUAUUGGUUAAGACCAAAACUUUGACUCCUAGUUAACUUAAAGGCCUGCCUCUCUUCUCAUGUUGUUUACUCCCAGUGGAGUUCAGCCAAGGUACUCAACCUAAUACCUAUCUAGUGUAAAUGUCCUGCAGGGCCUUCUCAAUCUUUGAGCUAGAGUCACAAAGGGGAAAAGUACUAAUAGUAAUAGAACCAGCCCCCCCAUAGUCUUUAUUGCAGUGGUUAGAGCUCCUAGGAUGCUGGAGACCCAGGUUCAAGUCCACUCUGCCUAAUUGUGGAACUGAGUCUCCAACUUCCCAGGAGAGUGCCUUAGUCACUGGGCUACAGAGUCAUUCUCUCUUUGGUUCAAUGACUAUUUAUUUAAAAAGUGGAACAGCUUCAACAAGACAAGUUCCGUGGUUAGGGUACUCGGGUUGGGAGACUCGAAUUCAAAUCUCUACUCCACUUCAGCUGGGAGAAGUCAACUCUAGGUCUCCCACAGCCCAUCGGUAGCCUGGGAGCAUGUGGGGUAGCUGGGCUCCCAGCAAGAAGCUGCCAGCAGAGCUGAGAGACCGGGCUUUCAGCUCCCUGCACUGGCCCUCUUAGGCCAAUGAAUACGCUCCUGGUGAGGACGUGCACCACUGCAGUAAUUACUGAGGUGGUUGUAAGUCGACCUAAUAUAGGUUGACUUAAUUUUUUAGUGUAGACAUACUCUCUGUCUCUCCUGUUGAAGCGGUUCCACUCUGUAUAAAUACUCAAAUAUUCAUUGAGCCAGAGGGAAAGAAAAACUGAGAGAAUGAAUUUGAAGGCUGCUGGUUGGUUAAGCCAUGGUCCUGGCAUUUAGGAGAGUCUGCUUUAAGACCCUGUUCCAAUAAAUAUUUAAUUAAUAAUACGAAGUGGAACACCUUCAGCCGGAGAGAUUGAGAGACCCAUCCCAGGAUAUCCAACAGCCUUGUGGUUAGGACACAUACCUACAAUGUUGGAGACCUGCAUUCAAGUCCCUGCUUCAAAUCAGUCAAGCAGAACAGGGAUUCGGAGCUGGGUCUCCCACCUCCUUAUCCAUUGGUCUGUUUAGUAUAAUGACACACAAGUAUGCCUGGCAGCCACAACAAUGCUUGAACUGUUGACUCUUUUUUAUGCAAGGCCUGAACGGGUAGGCAUGCACCUAAUUUGAGAAUCCCACCAGAAUUAGGCAUGAGCCAGGUGUCAAGCAGCUCCAUGAUUUGGGGGGGGUGGUACAUGCUCACUGGUAGAAAUGUAGGUACUAUGGGAAUUUAGGUACUUACAAGUUUAGAUAGCAGCUGGUUUGUGAAUACCAUUGGCACCUAAAGUAGCAGUUAGAUACCUAUGUCCUUUGUGAAUCUAGCCCUUAAGACUCUGCUUUCUCUCUCCCUCUGCUUGUCUGCAAACCAGAGUCUGUUGGGCUCAGGACAUGCUGGAAGGCCCAUAUAUUUGCUUGGACUUUUUCCUGAGGUGGGAGUAGUUCAAGGAAGUGGAGGUCUCUACUGUGGUGAAGAUUUUACCAAGUCCUGUCAUGCAGUUUAUAAUUGAAUAUGAAUCAAAUUGUUAUGAUUUAACUAUAUUUCAGUUUCAGACCCAUAGCUGACAAGUACUCUUUAUAUGUCCAAAUAAUUCAGUGAUUUAAGUCAUCUACCACCAUACAGUGAAAAAAUAAAAUAUGGCAAAUUUCCAAGAAAAGUUUUAGGUUGAGCUGCACCUGUCUCCAUUUACACAGUGACUGUUACUAACAGAUUUUUGAAAUAUGUUUUAACAUUAUGUACUUUAUUAAUACACAUUUGUUUACAUUCAUAUGUAGAAUUCUCAUCCUGAAAGAAGAGAAUGGACCCCAUUUUCACCAUGAUAAAAGGUUAACACUGGGAAACCACGUUUCCAUGUUCGGACCCGUUUAAUAUAUUUACCAAUGAGCUGAAAAAGAGAGGUGGUAACAAAAUGUUGCAGUAAUGCAAUUGUUUGGGUUAGUCAAGAUAAAGGAAUUACUAUAUCAGAUCAGACCAUUGGUCCAGUACAAGCCAAUACUAGAUGCUCCAAUCGAACAACUAAAGAAUAACUUCCCCAAAGGGGAAGUUUCUUCAGGUUAGCUUCAUAAAGCUUACUUUUAGAUGCCUACAAAAACGUAGGAAUGACACUGCGAUUAGGUGCUUAGACUUGCUAUACAAUAAAUGGGGUGAGAGGCACCUCAGACUGCAAUUCAUUAAUAGGUUAGGUUGCUCCCUACCUGCUGUCUAAUAGAUGCUGAUGACAAGGUGUGGCCUAACCCUUGCUCCUCUUGCUAUUAGGCACCUAAGUCCAGGCUGCAGGGAGGCACUUAUCUCAGCUAGUGAUCCACAGGCAGAACUCCUCUCCUGGAGUCAGGCAGUUUAGGUGUCCUUAAGGUGUUUCCUGUGAGAAUGAGCCACCUACUAGCUGUGGGACAGGGGAGGGUGUCUCUGAUUAAAGCUGUUCUGCUGUGGAUAAAUGAGCGUCAUUGAUGAGAGAGCUUGGAAGAAUGACUGUAUCCUGGUGAUUAAGACAUCCACCUAAGGUGGUAGAAGACCCAAAGUCUAGUCCCUCCAUUCCCAUGACACUCUUUAUCCAUAGUGAAACAGCUUCCACCAAAGAAAUCAAGGGAUCUGUAUCCCCUUUUCCCCCACCCCACUACACUGGAAUAUAGCCUAGCUCACUUGACUAGGGCACUCUCCUGAGGUGUGGGAGACCUCCUGUUUAAAUGCUUUCUUUAUUUCAAGCAGCUGAGCAAUUGAAUCCAAGUCUCUAGUACACUAACCACUGGGCUAAAAGUUGUAAGUUUGGCUGCUCCUCAUGUUCAGAUUCUGAAUGGGACCUGAUCUGGUAGGCAGCCUCUGAGCACAUGUACUGAAUCAGGCCCUGCAUGUGACUAAUUUUGCCUGCCUUGGUUUGUAAAUUGUUCUGGUGCUUAGCUGCGGAGUUAGGCAUCUGGAUACCUAGAAGGAAGCAGCAGUAUGCCUGCCCUGAGGCUGAACCUAAGGAACUUCUAACAUGUACACACCAAAUGAAGGUAUGCGAGGGAGUUUGGUGGCUUGCACUGGAACCAAAAUUGGGCUUUAGUCACCUAAGUCUCACAUUUAGGCACUUAACUAUACCUUUGUGAAUCUAGCCCUUCCUAAUUCCCUUCACAUAGGUAUUAGCUUACACCUCUUAUUUGCCAUAAAAUAGUAAAGAAAAAAAGAAAAUACAAGUUCUCAAUCCUUCACCUCUUGUGCAGAUCAUCUUUCAGAGGAAAAAAAAAUCACUUCUGUCAGAUACAUGAAGUUAGUUUUUGUGAGAAGCUGCUGGUAAAACAAAU